AUGAUUACAAAAAGACUGCUUUCAUCGACGAAAAACAUACCAAAUAAAUCUAUUUCUCCAUCAAGAAAUCAAACCAAAGAGUUCUGUAGACGUUACAAUAUUUCCUGUGUAGAUAAAGUAGCAUGGGUUAAUGAAUGGAUUUUAAAAUCUAGCACUUUUUAUGCAUCAGGGAAUCUAUCAAACGACGCUACAUCUGACGACACUUCAGUGACUAAUGUAAAUGCGACAUUAAGCAUAGAAGACAUCUAUAUGAAUCAUGGUCAAAUUGAAGAUUAUUCUGAUGACGAUGAAUAUCAAGUUUAUGUUCGAAAAAUAAACCAAGCUGCAUCAAACAAUGAUCGUCCGAAGAAUCAUUGUCAACAACAUAUAAAUGAGAAUCCUAAUCUAAGUACAACGUAUGAAGUUGAAUCAACAAGGAAGAAAAUCUCUAAUUUUAAUGAAACGAGAGCUCUAAUGGUGACACGGGAAUGUGGUGUCUGUUUACUAAUAAAACCUGAAGAGGAAUUUGGUCCUGCUUACAGUGAAAGAUGUCUACACACAAUUCGACAAAUUUGUAACAUAUGUACAUACCAAAACAUUAGAGUUAUUCUCGAUGGCGCCAUUAGUAACCAAGUGUCCUGUCCUGAACCCAACUGUGUGGUGAAAUUUAUUUCAGAUGAAGUCUCACGAGUACUUGCUAUCAAUAACGAUCAGAUAUUGUUGAACAAGUAUGAAAGGUAUUUAACCACACGAUCUCUUGAUUUAAUGGAUAAAUUUUAUUGGUGUGCUCAUGGAUGUGGCUCUGGUCAAUUCGAUGAUAGUCAAAAGACUCGAGACUUGAAGAUUCAUUGUGGUGUAUGCGAAAAAGAUACAUGUGCAUUUCAUCGUGUUAAAUGGCAUGAUAAAAUGACCUGUGAUCGAUAUGAUAAACUUCAUCCAUCAAUUGACUCUAUGACAAAUAAAUGGAUGAAAAACAAUUCAAAACUUUGUCCUGGAUGCCAAUGUAAAAUUGAGAAGAAUGGUGGUUGCUUUCAUAUGACUUGUAAAAGAUGUCGCUACCAAUUCUGUUGGGAAUGUAUGGCUAACUAUACAACGCGUAUAGCAAAGCCACAACGUCAACACAAAAUCAGUUGUCAACAUCAUCCUAUUGGAAAUUUUCUUAUUCUCAUUCAUUUAAUGAAACGCCGGGAAUUAUAG